AUGGAGACGCGGGUUGUGAAGGUCCCCAACAAGGGCCCCCUUGGCCAUUUCCAGCCCAGAGAAGGUCUGGGGAAGCUGGAACACUGGGAAAUUCAGACCGAGCAGAAGGACGCCCUUAAGGUGCUCGAGGAUGCGGCGCACGAACUCAAGACUAAGGAUAUCCCCGUCGCCUUUCCGACCGAGACCGUCUACGGCCUUGGUGCGGACGCCACACGCACUGGCUCUGUCAAGGGUAUCUACUCCGCCAAGGGACGGCCCUCAGAUAACCCUCUCAUCAUACAUGUGUGCGACUUGCACAUGUUGCGCCAGUACCUGGGACCCGCCGGCCAAGGGGAGGGAGACCAAGACCUCAUACCAAGCAGAUAUAAGCCGCUUAUAGAGCGCUUCUGGCCGGGGCCUCUGACCAUUCUGAUGCCGAACCCAGUGCCGUCGAAGCUCGCUCCAGAGGUGACGGCUGGACUCAAGACUUUUGGCGUCCGAAUGCCCUCAUCGCCCCUCGCACUCACCCUCAUCAAGCUGGCCGGCGUCCCAGUAGCGGCACCGUCGGCAAAUGCUUCCACCAAGCCAUCACCGACGACGGCACAGCACGUAUUAGAUGACCUGAAUGGGAGGAUCGAGAUGAUCCUAGACGGGGGGCAGUGCGAUGUCGGGGUGGAGAGCACGGUAGUUGAUGGGCUGUGCGACCCGCCGGUCAUCCUCCGUCCCGGGGGUAUCGGCUUGGAUGAGUUGAGAACCUGUCCGGGCUGGGAGAACGCGAUCAAGGCGUACAAGGAUCAGAGCGAGGAGGGCAAGACAGCCCCCCGAGCACCCGGGAUGAAGUAUAAGCACUAUAGUCCCAAGGCAAGAGUGGUGCUCUACGAAUCAAGUUACGAAAAAGGAGUUUCAGGGGUAAUCAUGUCCGACAUUGAGUCGGCAAAUGGCACCGUCAACGGGACGGUUACGAAUGGAGACCGAGGGACAAGAAAAAUCGGCGUGAUCCGCACGCAACGAUGGAAGUCAGGGGCUGGGCUACGAUGCGCCAACCUCAAGGCAUCCCCAAACGACACACAAGGGGGCGCAAAGCAAGACGGGACGCCUUACCAAGUCUAUGAAGGCGAACUCAUGAAUGAAAGCGGACACUUAAUCGGCCAAGUCUUGGAUAUUGAUCUCGGUAAAGACACCGAGGGGAUUGCCCGGGGUCUCUUCUCGGCCCUGAGGGAGUUUGAUCGGCGCGGGGCGGACACCAUCUUCGUGGACGGCAUAGAGGAUAGAAUCGACAUCGCCGCGGCGGUCAUGAACCGCCUCCGCAAGGCGGCCUCAGACAUUAGAGCAUGA